AUGGCCACGCCCACCACAUACCUCAGCACGGCUCUACUGCGGCGGUCGUGCAGCUCGACCUCGACCGUGACAUCGCUGUGCACGCCACGUGUGAGUGCACUGCGGAUCGUGCAGCGGCGAUGGGCUCGUGUGCAUAACGUGCGCUUCGUCACGACGCAGCGCCAGGCCGAGAAGGUGCUCGAUCGCUAUCGUGAGAAAUUGGAGGAGAAGGCCCGACUGGAAGGACAUAGGUCUGUUGACUCGUUGAAGGAGUCGUAUAAAGAGAAGAUAUUGGAGGUGAAGAAGACUGCUACUAUUCUGCCUGAGGAUGUACCUCCUGCUCCUGCUUCUCAAGCAAGCCCUUCUGCCUUCGCCCAACCUCCGCCUCCUCCACCGGUACCUCAGGAUAAACCAGCAGAGAAGAAGCAGUCCUCCUCCAAUGCCCCCGGUAUCAAGCCUCUAUCUUCGUAUCUCGAUCUGGAAAAGGUCGCAACACUGCAGAAUAAGGAGGUGGAAUAUAUAUGGAGGCUGCGACAUGCCAAUGAUCCUCUGUCAUUGUGCGCAGUCAUACCUCUUGAGACCUACGAGCGUAUUUAUCAGUCCGCGCGUAAACACCCGCAAUUUGUCCUUCCCUUACCACGACCGGCAGCCGAUGAUGGCAGUGGGGAUGUGAAACAGUCCGAUCAAGGAUUUGAAGGUGGUGAGCGUUCGGCUGCUGAUAUUCAUUUCCUCCAGUGGGGUUUUCAUCCUCCAGCAGGUCCACCACCUGCACCAGGAGCCAAGUCGUCCAAUACACAUACGAGUACCGUACUCUUCACUCAUUUGGCAGCUUUCAAGCUCCAUGGAACAUAUGCUCAGCCACAUACCGCCAUCACGCAUCAUUUGGAUCUGGCUGAUUCGCAUGGUCUGGUCCUCCUGAGUGGAUCCGUCACCGAGGGUCGAGGAGUCAGUGUGGAGGAGGGAAGAUGGCUGUUGAUGUGCCUGCAAAAGUUUUAUGACUAUGCAGGUCAUGGUGGUGGUAUCGGACGUGAAAAGCGACAGUCGCUACUGAACAAGUUCAGCUCUGGUGACCAGAGUUUUGAUCUAACAGAAUUGGUUGAUGAGGCCGAAAGAAUCUCGUGA